AUGCGCUAUAAAAGUUCUUCUUUGAUUGGAAUCAGCAUAAAUGUUGCUACACUUCUUUUUGGAAGUUCAUAUGCAUACUUACUUCCACGUGAUUUUCAGAAUAAAGCUGUCGAUGGUGAGAGCUAUCCUGACGGGUUUACUGAGGAUAACUUCGACGUAGAAUUAAUGCUGUAUUCUGUAGGGUCUAUGCUAAUAAUGUACCUAUUCAUUUGCAUAAUUUAUUUGGGUGUUAGAUAUGUAAUCACUAGUGUAGUCGUGAGGAACUCUACUGUUUCUUUAUCUACUGAUGAAGAAUAUCAGACUUCCAGAAGCCGAAACCUAAUAGAAAUGAUGAAUGCAAGAUGGCCAAGUGCCUUAGAUGACCAGGAUGAAGUGAAAGAUAAAGUGCUUAGAUUGCCCGCGGAAGAGCAGUUUUAUUACAAACAAGGUGAAGAAUAUAUUAGACAGAAUCCGCCAUUGUUAAUAUCUCCUUUGCCAAUAUCCGAAGAGGACGAGUUUGUUGAUCCGAUCAUAAAUGAACAAACGAACCAGUUUAUCGAAGAAGAAGGUGCUUAUGCAUGGGAAUUUCAGCCAGACCAAAAUUUACCCAACGAUACAAUCAUGGUAGAGAAUAAGACAGAAAUUACGUUUCUAAAUUACAACUACGACGCAUCUGUACAAACUAAUCUACCAAUCCCGUGCAUAAACCGUGUUUACUAUUGUGAGUUCAAGAUUUUUGAAUUGAAUACUAGUAAUGUCUCAAGAAGCAUCUCAGAUAAUGAAACGGUGUUGACACAAUCUAGCUCAGAAUCAGAUGCCGAUGAAGAAGAAGAAGAGGAGGAGGAGGUAGCACGUGACAAUCAACACCAUUCUCUAUCAUCCAAAUCAGAAACUAACGACUUAAUAUCAUUUGGACUUUCCACAUCUCCUUAUCCAUACUUCAGAUUACCUGGAAGACAUCAUCAUUCUAUUGCAUACGAUUCAAAUGGCUCAAGGCGCUUCAAUGAUUCAUUUGAAUUGGACCCUGAACUUAAAAACCUAUUUCCUAGUUGCGAAAAAGGUGAUGUUAUCGGUAUAGGUUACAGAUCUCGUUCUGGCACUGUAUUCUUCACUAGAAACGGUAAAAAACUCAAUGAAAAGUCCGUUGGUGGCCACAUUCGCGGUUGGAAAUUUAAAUAUCUUUAUCCUACUGUUGGCGCAAAUGUUCCAUGUAAAAUUCACGUAAAUUUUGGUACUUAUGGGUUCCUUUACAUAGAAGCUAAUGUAAAAAAGUGGGGGUAUAGUAAAAUGAAUGGAAUGAAACUGCCACCUCCCUCAUAUGACCAAUAUGGCCAAGACGCCUUAUUAGAAAGUGCAGGAGAAGAUAAUGAUGACAGUAACAAUGAUGAUCGGAGCGUUUUCUUUGCAAAAUUUAACGAAGAUUCUUUACGAGACGAAAAUGGUCAAUUAUUACCCCCACCUCCGGGAUUUGAAUUCAGCACGUCACCUCAUGCAUAUUCAAUUAACGAAGAAAUCAACAUGGAUUCAUUACCCAUGGAUCCACCUAAUUAUUCUGAUAAUGAAAGUUCUUAUAAAUCACCCUUCGCAAAGAUUCCAAUGAUUGGCAGUAGUAAGAAACUUCAAGGCUUAUUGAAUUUUGAUAGAGAAAGUAUCAAAACUGCUAUAGAGGGCAGUGAGGGACAAGACAAAGAUGAUUAUGAUGAUUAUGAUGACGAUGAUUUAGAUGAUGAUUAUGAAAUAAGGGCCGAAAGUGAGGUUUAUUCUGACGAUGAAUUCGAUGAUUUAACUACAGAACUGCAGCAUAUGAUACAACAAGAUGCUGCAAGUCAUGCAUCAAGUAGUAACAAUUCUACACUCCAAUAA